CCCGGUAGAUGGCGCAGCAUGCGUUUGUUUACGUUUCGUCUUCAUGUCAUGAGCAGGCGGUGGAAUAGUAGUAAGCGAAAUGCCAUGAAAUCCAUGAAAUCGAACGAUAAUCUUCUUUGACGUAAAUGUCAUUGUGAUGGACAGUAACGUGUCAGGAGGGACUACUCCCGACGAAACUGAUGGAGAUGCUUCUCACAUACCCUCAUAUUGCUCUGGUUGCCUGAAUAAUGUGAAUGAUGAGUACAUACGUGCCCUGAACCAGGAUUGGCACACUGAAUGUUUCAGGUGCUCGGCCUGUGAUAUUGCGCUGUCAACAUGGUAUUUUGAGAAAGAUGGUCUCCUCUUCUGCAAAGAUGACUAUUGGUCAAAGUAUGGAGAGUCUUGUCAAGAUUGCUCUCAGGUCAUUACAGGUCCAGUCAUGGUUGCAGGAGACCAUAAAUUUCAUCCAGAAUGUUUUCGGUGCUCGUCUUGCUCAUGCUUUAUUGGAGAUGGUGAAUCUUAUGCAUUGGUGGAGCGCUCAAAAUUAUACUGUGGUGUUUGUUACAAACGUCAAAUGCAGCCACUCUCUAAAACUAUGGCUACAGCUCCCUUCGUGCGGAAACCUCAUUCUAUUAGAUUGGUUGAAAUUCCUGCGGCUGGGGAUAGAAGUCAAAGAGGUAUUAAGUUAUGCUUAGAGAGUGCUCAUGGAAGACCAGCUGCAGGGCAAGGCUUACGAAUUUCACAGUUCCUGUCUAAUCUCCGCCACAAGGUGUAUGAGUACGCAGUUUCCAUUUUGGCAGCAGCUUUUAGAUUUUGCUGUGAACUUCGUUUGAAUCGAUCAAUUCCAUUCAGACGCCAACAUAGAGCUAUACGGUUGGAUAUGAGUGCUGAUCUAAUGUCAUUACACAUAGGUGAUAAAAUAUUGGAAGUGAAUGGAUCUCCAAUUGGAAAUCAGCCCGUACAAGAAAUUGAAAACCUGAUAAGAUGUUCGGACCAAUCCUUACAGUUAACAAUAGAACAUGACCCUGAUGCACUUAGUAGAAGACUAUUAUUUCCCUCAUCACUAAUAGUAAACAGUGCUAUUGAGGCUCUGUCUGAUAUAAGCAAAAAGAGAGAUAAAGAUGGAGAUGACACAAAUACCCCAAUAACCUCUAAAAGUGAAGAAUCAUUUGAAAGUGCAAGUUGUCCGAAGUCACUCUCUGAUAGAGAGAGAAUAUUCAGAAGAAAAGAUGAGGGCUACAUGAGUAGCUCACGAUCUUCUCGACAAUUGCGGCGAAGCAGAGGAAGCUGCAACAAAGAGCGAUCAUCAUCUAUGUCAAGAUUGUUGGAGGGGUCACCUCCAGCCAACAGGGAAGCAUCAUGUGAUCUGUCAAGAACCCAUUCAUUCAGAGUUGAACCAAAGAACCAACGCAUUUUCAGGGCUUCUGAUCUUGUUAAAGGGGAGCUACUUGGCCAAGGAUUCUUUGGUCAAGUUUACAAAGUUACUCAUCGUGAAACUGGUGAAGUAAUGGUUUUGAAAGAGUUAUAUCGUGUUGAUGAAGAGGCGCAGAAAAAUUUUCUCAAAGAGGUGGCUGUCCUACGUAGUUUACAUCAUUGCAAUGUUUUAAGAUUUAUUGGAGUCCUCUACAAAGAAAAACGUCUUCAUUUAGUAACAGAGUUUGUACCUGGUGGCACCCUAAAAGAUUUGGUUCAUGAUCUUUCGGAGUCCCUACCAUGGGAACAAAGAAUUAGUUUUGCAAAGGAUAUUGCGUCUGGCAUGGCAUAUCUUCAUCAAAAGAAUAUAAUUCACAGAGAUCUCAAUUCAAACAACUGUCUUGUGAGGGACGACAAGACUGUAAUCGUGGCUGAUUUUGGCUUGGCAAGAAUAAUUUCACAAAGUCAAUCUAAUGUCAAUGUGGGAGCAGACAAGAGACGUUUUGGAAACAAGAGAGGUAUUGGAAACAGACGUUGUGAGAGGAAAAAACGAUAUACUGUUGUAGGUAAUCCAUAUUGGAUGGCUCCAGAAAUGAUGAAAGGAAACAAAUAUGACGAAAAAGUUGAUGUUUUCUCUUACGGUAUUGUACUCUGUGAAAUCAUUGGAAGAGUACUAGCUGAUCCUGACUACCUACCCAGGUCAUCUGACUUUGGUUUGAACCAGACUAUUUUUAGAGAUAAGUUUUGUUCCAAUUGCCCAGAAGCUUUCUACAAAAUUGCUUUUCUCUGCUGUGACCUCAAUCCUGACAAAAGGCCUCCUUUUGAAGUAAUGGAAGUUUGGUUAGAAGGCCUCAAAAUGCACAUAUCAGUUGGUGCACCCCUUCCAAAUGAUCUUAAGAUGGACAUAUACAAUUAUUCUGGCCGUAGCCCAAAUUCAAGUGAGUCCACUACACCUGAGGCCAGAACACCAGAAAGUGUCCGACCAAAUCCACCUCCUUUACAUGCCAUCAAGGAAGGACAAUCAACAUCAUUAGAUGGAUCUUGUGGAUUUGUAGAUGCCUCAUCACCUGUUGAAAGCACUGCUUUAUAAUUACCUCUACUAUUUGUCUUGUCUAUAUACUGACUGACAAACCACUUAGCCAUACUCUGAAUUCUUUGUUAAUGAGUGAGGUGUAAAUCUCAGUGGUCCGCUGCACAUUCCAUUUUGUUUUUUUAUCUUUUUUCUUGUAAUUAAUAAUUGUACCUUCACAACUGCCUUUCACUUUCAAUUGUAGAUAAUGGCCACAAAGUCUGAAUUAUUUCUUACUCAAAUAUUUCUUACUGUUUCUUAUGACUAGACUUAUCACUGAAUUAGGCUGUGGUUUCUUACACUCAACAACAUCCCUCAUUUUGCCAGAUCUGAACAUUGGUGUUCCAAUUUAUUAGCAAUACUGUUUUUACCAUUAAAAUAUUAUUAUUACUAUUAUUAUUAUUUUUGAGAUUUAUAUUUAUUACGUCAGUUAGAUUUUGUUAAUAUUCUAUUCUUCUCAAACAUUGUGUCAUGUACCUACAUACAUGUCCUAAGUUUUAAAGUGGUUUUAUGAUGUUUUAUACAUUCCUCAUUCAGUAUUUGUAUAUUUUUCUCUUUUUUUUAAAUUUUAGUUUUGAAUUUAUUGUGUUGUUAGUUUUUAGAUAUUUUAUUCUAUCACAUUUGGUAUUAUUUUAGAAUCACUGUUCCGCACCACUCCCUCUUUUCUAUGAGUUUAUCUCUUCCCUACCUAACAGUGUUUUUAUUACAAGUUUGUCUUGAAACUGUUAUUCUUGACAAUAAUAUUGUAUAGCAUCACAAUAUAGUCAUUUUUACAUCUAUGAAUGUUGAAGACUUCAAACUCACAUGUCCAUCAAUUAUUUAAAUUAGUUAAUCCAAAUUUUUGUGCCUUUCACAUUCUGUGACCUCCACCAACAUGUCAUAUUUGAGUGUAAGUACUGUGAGGUUCAAAAUUUGAGCAGCGUGCUCCAGGUUUAUAAAUAGAUACCUAUACAUAUUGUAAGCACGCUGAAAUUUUGUUAAACAUCAUUGUAGUUGCACUUAAGACAUCCUAGUGGUGGGACGGACACAGACAGAACUUUUCUUUUGCCUUCUACCAUUUUAUUGUAUUCAUAUUUUGUUUAUGAAGUGUUUGUACGCUUAGGUAUGUGUCCUACUGUAGGGUAUUAUUGUUUUAAACCAUGGACCAAUUUGGGCAUUUUCCCCCAUUGAAUUUUGUAAGUUUGAUUGUCAAAUCCAAUUUUUUAAUUGUAAAGAAAAAGGAAAUUAUUAGUAAACUUAUGUUCCUAAGUCAAAGCCUUGGUACGGUGCCUUCCUGACAAAUAAAUUGUAUGGUGGGGCAAGUCAUGAUCGUUAAUAUUGCGUAAGGGCGCUGCAAGCUAUGCUGUUGGUAUGUAGUAUUGCAAUAGAAGUGGCUGCAUGUGCUACGAUAUAUAUUUUUCAUAUAGAGCCUGGCUUGUAUAUUUAAUCUGAGACUGAAUUUUAUGGCUACUUUAGUACUGAAGAUCAAAAAUGUGAUGAAGAGAUCAGCAAGUAAUUAGUGCCUGUGUUGUAUACAUUUUAAAGAUAAUACACAUGGUCAUAUUGUGAGUUAGGUAUGCAAUAUUUUGUAAAUAAUGCUCUAUACUUUGUGCCAUCAAAUAUGAAAUUGACUUGUUUAUUAUCCUUAUUGAAUUGUAUGUUUGUGUGGGGUGUGAAGGCGGCAGGCUCAUUUUCUGUAUGCAUUCGCCAUUCAUGGAUUCUGAAUAGCAUCAUAUACACUCGUAAAUCAUGAUUUACCGUAGUGUUCCUUUAUUUUCCAAAUACAAAUUUAGCAUGACCCCUUGUAAUCAUAUUAAUCUAAAUGCUUGUUUUACCAGCCAUUUAAGAAGAAAAAGGUGUGCUUUGUUUGAGUAGCCUGCUUACUGUUGUGUAUUAUUCCUUAUGUCCAACUUUUACUGGCAUUGUCAUUCCUUUUAUUUACUUUCAUUGUAUCAUUUAUCUGAUUAAUUAUGAGAAUUUAACCCAAAGAUAUUUUAAGGUCUCUCACAUAAAGACUAAGGUUUAUGCUUUCAUGCAAAGUAUGUAACUGUUUCAGCAAGUAACUUUCUAUUCAAAGAGUUUUAAAAUUUAGCAAGUAAUUUUUUAAUUAUUUUGUUUUUACCUGUAUGUACAGCCUUACAUUAUAGUCUCCUAUUAUCUGGCCGUAAAUUAUGUAUCAAAAGUGUGGUCACAUUUUAUCUUUAUGUUAAUGUUCUGAACCUUAAAACAAAACAGCACCGCAAAACUUUCGUGUAAACAAAAUGGUAUUACGUGAUUACAUAGUUUGUUUCUGUCUGUAUCCAUAUGUCAAACCACAGAACCAUGUGUUCUGCAAAUGCAUUCAUGAUUAUUAUUACUGUGAUAUCAUACUUGUGUAUUAAUGUCCUUGUCUACAUAUUUUCCACUGUCUUUUGUUAGGGACAUUUCUGAACUGGACAGCAUUUCUCUUAAUGACGAUGUAGUUUGCUUUUAUGGAAGGAAAUGUGUCUUUCACUCUAUUGUUAUUUUACAUAGUUGUUAAGAUUGUGCAGCAUUUCAGUUACCAGUUCAUGUUCCCCAAAAUUCAAAUUACAAAAGUCUUGUGAUGUAAAACAUUCCUAUUUAUUCUGGUUCCUCAUGAACCCCAUUAGUAUAUAUUGCAUUCACUUAAAUAACAUCUCCGUCAUAAAUAAAUGUACGUUGCCAAACGUACCCUCAAUAUUA